UACUACUCUUCCCUUCCUCAGCUCCCUCCUGCCCAUCACCUCUCUCUAUCUCUCUAUCUCUCUCUCACAGCAAUAUGGUGACAUUAACGCCGCCAUAAAUGCAAUUUCAUCCUCUCAAUACGCUCUGCAAUAACUCCUCACUGCCACGCACCUCUUCCCCUUCUCCCUCCUCACUCCCCACUUCACCCUCUCCGAUGCUCUCUCCCUAUCCUCUUUUAAUUCUCUCUCUCCUCCUCAACCAUUCUCCUUAAAUUCUAUUCACGAGACUUCUAUAUAUCAUUCCUCCUCCACCACAAAACCGCCUUUCCCCCACCCCCACCUCACAAAAACUGGUUUUCUGCUGCCUUUAAUACCCAAAACCCUCUCCCUCCCACUUUUCUCUCAACUUAAAGAAGAAGAAGGUAUAGCUCGCUCGCUCACUCGCUCGAUCAAGACCGAUAUUUCCGCUUGCGUUAUAUAUAUGAGAGAGUGUAACUUCAUGAGUUUAAAGAAAAGGAGAGAGAAAGAAAUAUAUUAGAGAGAGAGAGAGAGAGAGAAAAGAGAGUGUAGAGGGGUAUAGUUGUUUAGUUUGUUGUUUUUCUGAUUUUCUUCUCAUUUCUCUCUGCAGUCAAGGCAGACAAGGAGGAAAAAACAACCUCGUUUUUGGCAGCCUGAAACAUAAGUCAACCCUACAUAUAUAUUUAGAUAUAGAGAUAGAGAGAGAGAGAGAGAGAAGGAGAUCUUUAGGGUUUGUUGAGCAUCAUAUAUAGAAAGGAGAGUCAUAGUUGUAUGAAGUUUCCGGCGAAGAGAAAUGACGCCGGCGUGCUACUGAGGAAGUAAGAUGCCUUAGAUUUCACAGAAGCUCUCAACAGUAAUAGCAGAAAAGUUAUCUGUGUGACUGUGUUCAGAUCGUUAUAUUACCAAUAAAUCUGCAGCGUUGAAGAAGCAGGAAGUAGGGAAGAUGUUUCAGCCAAACAUGUACGAAAGCCAUCAUCAUCUGCUGGAUAUGAGCAGUCACAAGAACCCAGAAAACGAGUUGGAUAAUAUUAUCAGAGAUGAAGAAUAUGAGAGCAAAUCCGGCACUGAUAUCAUGGAAGCACCCUCCGGCGACGAUCAAGAUCCCAACCAACGCCCUAAUAAAAAGAAGCGCUAUCACCGCCACACUCAACAUCAAAUCCAAGAAAUGGAAUCGUUUUUCAAAGAUUGCCCACAUCCUGAUGAUAAGCAAAGGAAGGAUCUUGGACGUAGAUUAGGGCUGGAGCCUCUGCAAGUCAAGUUUUGGUUCCAGAACAAGCGCACCCAAAUGAAGGCACAACAUGAACGCAGUGAGAACUCGCAACUUCGGGCCGAGAACGAGAAGCUUCGAGCAGACAACAUUCGCUACCAGGAAGCACUGGGAAACGCAACUUGCCCCAACUGUGGAGGGCCGGCGGCCAUCGGAGAGAUGUCGUUUGAUGAACAACAGUUAAGGAUCGAAAAUGUUCGCCUGAGAGAAGAGAUUGAAAGGAUUACUCAGAUUGCUGCGAAGUUUGUCGGGAAGCCGAUGCUUUCGUAUCCGAAUCUUCCCCCUCCGGGUGCCACUCGGUCGCUUGAUCUUGGAGUGGGGAACUUCGGGCAUCAGCCCGGGCUAUCAGGGGAGCUGUACAGCGCCGGCGAUCUUCUCCGGUCAGUUUCCGGCCCCACGGAUGCUGACAAGCCGAUGAUCAUUGAGCUUGCGGUGGCGGCAAUGGAGGAGCUGAUAAGAAUGGCGCAAACUGGAGAGCCUUUGUGGCUUCCUAGUCCAGACAACUCCAUUAAGGUCUUAUGUGAGGAGGAAUAUGUCCGGACGUUUCCCCGAGGAAUCGGCCCAAAACCUCUGGGAUUGAAAUCUGAAGCUUCGCGAGAAUCUGCUGUUGUCAUUAUGAACCAUGUUAAUCUCGUCGAAAUUCUCAUGGAUGUGAACCAGUGGUCGAAUGUGUUUGCUGGCAUUGUUUCGAGAGCGAUGACUUUGGAGGUCUUAUCGACUGGCGUUGCAGGGAACUACAAUGGAGCAUUACAAGUGAUGAGUGCUGAGUUUCAAGUCCCUUCACCGCUUGUCCCAACACGGGAGAAUUAUUUCGUACGAUACUGCAAACAACAUACUGAUGGAACUUGGGCUGUGGUCGAUGUUUCCUUGGACACACUGCGCCCUUCUCCCAUCUCCCGAUGUAGAAGAAGGCCUUCUGGUUGUUUGAUCCAAGAAAUGCCUAAUGGUUACUCUAGGGUAACAUGGAUUGAGCAUGUUGAAGUUGAUGAUCGAGCAGUUCACAGCAUUUACAGGCCAUUAGUCAACUCCGGGCUUGCAUUUGGAGCCAAACGCUGGAUAGCCACACUGGAUCGGCAAUGCGAACGGCUGGCAAGCUCAAUGGCUAAUAACAUUCCGUCAGUAGACGGUGGAGUGAUAACAAGCCCAGAGGGCAGAAAGAGCAUGCUGAAACUGGCUGAGAGAAUGGUGAUGAGUUUCUGCGCCGGUGUUGGGGCGUCAACUGCUCAUACAUGGACGACGCUGUCGGGCAGCGGCGCCGAUGAUGUUAGGGUUAUGACUAGGAAGAGCAUAGAUGACCCCGGGAGACCACCUGGGAUUGUGCUAAGCGCUGCCACUUCAUUCUGGCUCCCGGUUCCACCCAAAAGAGUCUUUGAUUUCCUUCGCGAUGAAAACUCCAGAAGUGAGUGGGAUAUUCUCUCAAAUGGCGGUCUUGUUCAAGAAAUGGCGCAUAUUGCCAAUGGUCGUGAUCCAGGGAACAGUGUAUCUCUACUGCGUGUUAACAGUGCGAAUUCAAGUCAGAGCAAUAUGCUGAUACUGCAAGAGAGCUGCGCGGAUUCAACGGGCUCCUUUGUUAUAUACGCUCCGGUGGACAUUGUCGCCAUGAAUGUGGUCUUAAGCGGCGGCGACCCUGACUAUGUCGCCCUCUUGCCGUCCGGCUUCGCCAUCCUCCCCGACGGGCCACCCGGCAAUGGAGUGUUGAAUCCUGAGAUUGGGUCUGGCGGGUCACUGCUCACCGUUGCUUUCCAGAUUCUAGUCGAUUCAGUUCCGACGGCGAAGCUCUCUCUUGGCUCGGUAGCGACCGUUAAUAGCCUCAUUAAGUGCACUGUGGAGAGGAUCAAAGGUGCAGUAGCCUGCGACAGUGCAUGAAAAUGCCAAAAAAUGGGUUGAUAUGUGAUGAAGAGUGGAAUAAGAGUCAAGAACGCACCUCAUGAGCAAUCCUUGUGGCGUGGUGUUUUGUUUAGAAAGACAGCCAAGCACUUCACCAGGGUGCAAGGGUGAUGGGUUCGGGAAUUGACUUUUGGGUUUAAUGUGGGAAGGACGAUGGAAGAAUUGAAGUAAACGUAGAUGUUGCAUGAAGUUUUAAAUGGAUCAAAGUUUAAGUCGUUUUGUCUAUUUAUUUGAUUUAGGGGUGUAGGGCUUCAAGUUCUAUUGAAUUUAAUUUGUAUGUGUUCUUGAAAGAAUUAUUGUUAGUUUUAGAAUGUGGAACUUACCACUCUUUUGAUUUGCUAACAAAUUCAUACUUUCUUCUCUUCAAUUCUACCCUAUGUAUCUACUUUUGGAUUCAUUAUUAGCCUAUUAAAUUAGGUCAAUUUUUCUC